CCUGGUUCCGGAGUGGCCUGUUAUUGUUUUAAGUGGCAGGUGAAAUAUCGGUCUCCCUCCAGUCUGCCAGCAUGAACAUGUACGCUGUGCCCAGCCCGGGAAUACCAGGCUGUCCACCGGGACUAGAAUACCUGACUCAGGUGGACCAGCUGCUCAUCAAGCAGAAAGUCGAGCUCGUUGAAGCCCUCGUUGGUUUCGAAAGCAACAACAAGUAUGAGGUGCGCAACGUCAUGGGCCAGAACGUGUUCUACGCCGUCGAGGAGAACGACUGCCUGAGUCGGCAGUGCUGCGGCCCCAUGCGCUCCUUCACCAUCCACGUCCUGGACAACUUCGGGCAAGAGAUCAUCACCGUCACCAGGCCGCUUAAGUGCAUGUCUUGCUUCUUCCCUUGUUGUCUACAAGAGCUGGAGGUGCAGGCCCCCCCAGGUAACACGGUGGGGUAUGUAAUGCAGCAAUGGCACCCGUUCUCACCUAAAUUCAUCGUAGCGAACGAACACAGCGAGCCUGUGCUGAAGAUCCACGGGCCCUUCUGUGGAUGGAGCUGCCUUCCAGAUGUUGACUUUGAGAUUUUGACGAUGGAUGAAGUCAGUAAGAUUGGGAAAAUCAGUAAGCAGUGGACAGGACUUCUUCGGGAAGCAUUCACAGAUUCAGACAACUUUGGCAUCCAGUUCCCCAUGGACCUGGACGUGAAAAUAAAGGCUGUAAUGAUCGGUGCAUGCUUUCUCAUUGAUUUCAUGUUCUUUGAGACCACUAACUAGGAGCCAAACAGGAUAUCCAUGUAAGCGUACAACAUUCCUGGAAACAAGGCCACAAAGCCAUAACGAUCAGUCCAAGAUGCCCUAACAUUGAACAACCUUCAAGUGUUUGACAUUUAAAGAAAGUACCCAAAGGUACCUCAAUGUUACAACUUUGCAUGAACAAUGAAAUAGAAGGUUUGUUUUGGUCUUAGCUGCUCAGGUUGGUUGUUAAAACAGUGCAGUGUUUUUAGAAAGCGUGUUUCAGGAGGUUUCCUUUUGUGUUAACAUCAUGGUCGCUGAGGUAAUCUGGGCCCAGACCCUUUAGUAACGACUAAAACAAACAAACAAAAAACUUGAAGGAUAACAUCCAUAUACAGUAAAUGAAAAGGGAACACCAUUACAGGGAAGUGCUAUUGUACAGUUUGUGCAAGGAAGAUUGUUGUGGUUUGGAUGCAAAGGGUUCAGGCACAUAGUACUUGUGUAAUUUGGUCAUAGUGAAGAUGUUAAUUUAUAUAGAGCACUAUGCUUGUAGCUAUAUUGUGUGAGAACUGAAGGACUCAUGUAAUGUAGUAGUUUGUAGUUCAGAUAUUCAAUGCUCUUAUUUAUUGAUUUAUAGUCGGUCUGUUUACUUGUCAACAUAGAGCAGUGUGUGUGUGUCUGUGUGCUCCGCGCAAACUCGUGUGUGAACUGAAAUCAUAAAUUAUCAUAAGAUUCAAUCAUAUUUUUGCUGCCAUAAUAAUUAUGCAUUGUCAACCCAGAGGAGGUUGUUCUCGUGGGAACAGAUGGGUUAUGGCUUGAUGUGCUGUCCUGGCCUUGUCCACAAGAGGGAGCUAGCUUUUCAUGUAAGAAUAACCCCACACAGCUUAUGCCAUAGGCUUUUAAUAUUAAUAUUAAUGUCUUAUGACAUUGUAUGUUUCUGGACAAACUCAGGUUGAUGCAUGCUACUGUAUUAUAGUGUUGGAUACUGCUGGCUCAAAGAAUUACACACCUGCACCUGAUACUAUAAAGAUAAAGAUUUUACUUUUGGUUAUGUACAUUCAGUCAUCUAAAUAUCAGUUUUUGCAUACAUUUACUAUAUCAACUCAAUUUUGACCUUUCUCAUCGUUCUCUACAUGUAUCAAAAAUGCUAAAAAACUUAAUUUCCAUGAAAAUGGCCACUGUUAUUGCGGUGCACCAUGCUUCAUUGUAAAAUUUAAAUAUGAGUAUGACCAUCAGUCUGAUUAGGGACGGUUAAGUAUUGUAGCAACGACGUUAUCUACUGUGCUCUUUUGUAGCAUUAUGAUAAAAAGUGUUUUUCUCCACAUGUAUGUCAUGUGUGGUUCUGGAAAAUGCAGAAAAAUAAAACAUCCAUCUUGAGUCAAUUAUGAACAGAUAUUAAGUCUUAAAAGUCUUUUAUUUUUGUAAAAAGUAUAUUUACCUGCCAGUUAGGAGAGCUGAUAUUUCCAGCGUAGAGUUAAGUUUUCUUGUGUCAAUGGUGUCAUAUUCUGCCUUUAAUUCAUACGCUGACUCUUGUUUGGAGAAUUACCACAAGUGGAUUUAUCUCACCCUUUAUGAGCAACUUGAUUUUAAGACUUAAUGUAUAGUCCAGUGCUUUAGAUGGAUGUUUUUUUGCAGGCUGUUCUGUUUCCAUGGCGUCUUGUUGAGAAACUACUCAAUUUAAGUACAUUUGAAUUGCAAUCUUUCCAUUUAGAUGAACCUGAUCAUUUGACGUAUCUUGUUUGGUUGAAUGUGUUAAUAGUAUAAGAUGCUGGUGCUACAUCCUCUGAAGGCUCUUUGAUUGUGUUUAAAAGCCAAAAAUUCAAGUCAGAAUGUGAUACAAAGGGGAUUUAGCUAUUCCCAGUCAGUUAUAUAUUGAAAAAAUAGACAGUUUAAGUACUUAUUCUUCUAC